AUGCAUGUACCGGACCAUGUGCUACGGCAGUUUACACUCUCUCAGCAUAUUCCAGAUCCUGUCGAGCAGAUCAAUCGUCGGCGGCGCCCUACAUCGCACCGGACUGACUGGGCCGUAGUCCGUGCGGACUACAUAGGCAGGUGGGUUCAGAGGUGGGAUUGCAUACAGGAUACGAGGCCCACAGCUGUUGACUAUACCACGUAUAUGCGUUGGUAUUGGGGUAUCACACGUAGAUGGAUCACGCGUGACCCACAGCCUUUAGCUGGACACAUGCCACGCCCACCGACAGAUAGUUACAUCCCUAGUGGGAUGAACGAGAGAGAUUACGUCCGUGUUUUAGAUAGCAUUGAUGCUGAUAUUGAUGCGCACGUGACUGAGAUUCAGGAUCAGGUGGCGUUAGGUCUCCUCAGCAGGAUCAAGAAGAGCAUAGCGCAGGUGUUCCAUAAGACUCACGUCGACGAGUUCGCAGGCCGUGAGGACAGGUCUCGCUCAUUUGGACGGGCGUACGCUCGACGUCGACGGCCGCGUGAUGAUGACGCCGGCACUUCGCAUGCCGAUGGAGCCGGCACUUCGCAUGCCGAUAAUGCCGGAAUGACGCCGGUAAAUAAUAUCAAAACCUGCCACAAGCUGUGGCAUGUUGGUGACCUGGCACUUCACGGGAUUUCAGUCCGCGUGAAGUUGCAGUGCCAAAUUUCGCAGAGACUCGAUCUCUGGCAGAAAUUGUGGACUGCAACUUUCACGGGAGUUGAACUCCGGAAAGCUGCAGUUCACAAUUUGCCAGAGAUCGAGUCUGGAAUGUUGACAUGUAACUCCACGGGAAGUUCAACUCCCGUGGAUUUUAAGCACAAAUAUAAGCUUCACGGAGUUCACUCCGUGAAGUUUGAAAUUUCUCCAUAA